AUGAGAAUGUGUAGUUAUGAAGAGCUAAAACAAAUUGAACAGAAUGCCAAAGACCAAGAUGGAGAGAAACAACAAAAGGUAGCAAUGGAUGUUUUUGUAGAUUCCUUGGCUACGAGUGGAACAAGAAAUACUGUUAAGCUUUUGGCUGAGAUUAUUGAAAAUGAGGAAAUUGAUGAAAACAAAGCAGCAUAUGCCAUUAACCAGUUGAAAAAUCUUCCGAUUCCCUCCAACUCCAUUCUAAAACAAGACAAACAACUUGCUCAAAAUGUAAAUGUGCAAAACAAGCCUACGGUUAGACAAGCAGCUUGGCUAACUUUUGGUGCAUUGGUCAAUGAAUUAUGCCAACAUAAGGGCAGAAAAGCGAUGGAAUCAUCUCAGGAUGUGUCAAAAUCCGUUCAGGAGCAAUGUACUGAUGAUAAGAAGGAAGAGUACAAAAGGACAUUGUUAGAGCAGUACAGCCAAGCCACAACUUUCUACGAUAAAUUCCUUGCACUUUCUGCUUUAGGAAAUGCCGGAAUUGAUACUACAACACCUUACAUUGACCAGAUAAUUAGCGACAAAUCUCAACAUUAUCUAAUUCGAGUAAAAGCUAUUGACGCUCUUCGCCGUCUUUUCACAAAACAGCCACGAACUAUCCAACAAAUUCUUCUCCCGAUAUUUUUGAAUAAUCGAGAGGAUGCUUAUGUCCGUUCGAGCGCCUUGACUACUCUAUUGAGAACACAACCAGAACCUUCAGUAAUUGACCAAAUUGUUUAUUCAAUGAGGCAGGAACCAAACAAACGUGUAAAGGCGAGUACUUAUCAGACGUUGAAGAUGUUGGCGGAAUCGAGAAACCCUGUAGAUCAACAAGUGUCGAAGCAUGUCAAAAACGCUUUGAAAUCUGUCAAUAUUGACAAUGAAGACAUGAAAAACUACAAAUUAUGGCAAAUUCCAGCUUUCUGCUCUAAGCAACAGGAAGGAGUUUUCUUCACUAUUGGUGCUAGAAAAGCUCAACACAUGAAAAACUACAAAUUAUGGCAAAUUCCAGCUUUCUGCUCUAAGCAACAGGAAGGAGUUUUCUUCACUAUUGGUGCUAGAAAAGCUCAACGUUGGAUGCCAAACUUUUCUUAUCUGAAAACUGACACGUAUCUAAAUGAAAAAUCAAAUCUUGACUUGUUAACAGUAUAUGUUCUACAAGCUUCUGAGGGUUAUGAUAGUUAUGGAGAGACUCGUAAUUACACUGCCAAUACAAAUAAUGACCAACACAGUGAGAACAGCAAGACACUCAAACAAAUUAAUCAAAUGCUUCAAAUCAAGACGCGAAAUCCAUUUAAGUAUGGAUAUGGAGAUGAACAACAGCCUUCCUCACAGAAUCCGUUGAAAUAUGGAUAUCCAACUGGACAACAAUCUUCCCAUUAUUUCCUCAGAAGUCAGCAAAAUCCAUCCUCCGUUCUCUGUGUUAGAAUUGGAGAUGUUGACCAUUCGUUCCAUGCUCUAGAUCAAAAUUGGGACAUGUCCAAAAAAAUUGGGCUACAAAAUUGGGCUAUAAUGUCCUCUCAAACUUCAAUUCCAACUACUUCACCAAUGCUGGAAGAAAUCCUUCAGUCAAUUCAAAGAGGAGAAAUGCCAAAAUUCAAUCGUUUAAUCUCCAAAUUCGGGCUACAACAACUCCAAUCUGUCCAAAAUCACACAUAUUCGGCAAUCUUUAAUGAGAGAGAAGCAUUAAUUCCAACUUCUGUGGGACUUCCUAUUAAAAUUGUCAACUCAGUUCCGAUGCUCAUGAAUGUGGAAGCAAGUACUCAACUGCAAGAUAAACAAAAUCAGCAAGCUAAAAUUCAAAUUGAUGCGAGAAUCAUGGCUGGUGUUUCACACGUUCAGAGAAUUGGCUCAUGGACACCCUUCCUCAUCACCGGCGUAAGCAACACCCGCUCCGUUGAAGUCAACCUUCCAAUCCAAGCUGAACUAAGUGCCAAUACCGAAACAUCUAGACAAUCACUCACUGUCAAAGUAAAAAUGCCUAGAGAAACAACUCGACUUCUUGGCGCUCAUUCUCAUCAAUACACCUACAGAGCUGGAAUUGACCUAAAUACAAAUUCGCCUAUGGGGAAAGAAUACCGUACCAUUAGGAAUCCAAAACUUGACCGUCUUCAGUAUCAAUUUGACAAAGUUAUUGGCUCUAAAAAUGUUGGGGUUCCUGUCCAUGUUUAUGCUCAUUACCAUUGGCCUUCAAAUGCUGCCAACAUUGUCCAAAUUCUCAAAAUGCUCACUUCCACAGAAAACGCAAUGCAUGUCACAUACCAACCCGGACAGGGAACUGCAAGCGAAGUUGUGUUCAAUAUGAACACAGAAAACUUCCAGCCUGUAAAAGCAUUCCAGUCAAAAAUGAACAACUUCUUCGAGAGAAGUGCUACGUCCAACGAUGAAGGAAAUGUUCGUAAAACUGAAAUACUAAUACUAUAG